AGUUAGUAAUUGAGAACCACUGGUGGAAGUUAACCUAUAAUAAUAUAACUCUAUACUGAAGGUGGGGAAAGGAUCGAUAAAAACAAGUGAAAAUUUCAUAACAGGAACUCGUGUGAGACUGUUUAUGUGAAUAUCAACCAUGAACAGUAAAGGUUUUGUGUUAUAUUCACUGAAACAAAUUAAACCAACCAAUACAUGUAACAAUAUAACAAAAAAAUUGUUUAACGAAACAUGUUUCACUCAAAGUAAAAAUGUGUUGCCUUAUAAUAAGCAAUAUCGAACACUGCAGGAAACUGCAACUCAAACAUGUUCUAAAGAAAUCAGUCAAAACACUAUUACUGAUUCGAAAAAAUUUAGAGAUUUAUCGAAAACAGGACCCUCAUUAAAGGAUUUUAUAGUGCACGAUAUCAUACCUACCAAUUCCAUUGAUGCACCAAAUAUUCCUUAUAUAAAAGAUAUCAGUGGCAGUAGUCAGAAAGUGUAUUUUGAAGUUUAUGGUUGUCAAAUGAAUGUUAACGACACAGAAAUUAUUUGGUCUGUUUUAAAGUCACAUGGUUAUCAAAAAGUAGACACUAUAUCAGAAGCUGAUAUAGUUUUACUCGUUACAUGUUCAAUUAGAGAUAGUGCAGAACAAAAAGUAUGGAACAAACUAAAAUGUAUAAAUGUUAAUAGAAAAAAAGCGAAGUCUAAAUUGAAAAUUGGUUUACUAGGUUGUAUGGCAGAACGUUUAAAAGAUAAAAUAUUAGACAAAGGUAAGCUUGUUGAUGUGAUAGCUGGUCCAGACAGUUAUAAGGAUUUACCAAGACUUUUGAGUGUACCAGAAAAUGAAACUGCUGUUAAUGUUGUUUUAUCAUUUGAUGAAACAUAUGCUGAUAUUAUGCCAAUAAGAUUGAACAAAGAAUCUACUAGCGCCUAUGUCUCAAUAAUGCGGGGCUGUGACAAUAUGUGCACAUAUUGUAUUGUUCCAUUCACACGAGGUAGAGAAAGGUCCCGACCACUUGACAGUAUAGUUAAGGAGGUGCAGUCUUUAUCUGAUGAGGGUGUAAAGGAAGUGGUGUUACUUGGCCAGAAUGUAAAUAGUUACAGAGAUAUGUCAGAAAAAGAAUUUUAUAUGUCUAAUAUUGAGGAAACACAUUUGGCUAAAGGUUUCAAAACUGUAUACAAAAGUAAAAAAGGUGGACGAAGAUUCUGUGAUUUAUUAGAUGAGGUUUCUCGUAUUAAUCCAGACAUAAGGAUAAGGUUUACAUCACCGCAUCCUAAGGAUUUUCCUGACGAGGUUUUACAAUUAAUAGCAGAGAGGCCAAACAUUUGUAAUGAAAUUCAUUUACCUGCACAAAGUGGCAAUUCUGCGAUUUUAGAAAAAAUGAGAAGAGGAUACACAAGAGAAGCAUACUUGGAUUUGGUUCAUCAUAUACGCAGUAUUAUUCCUAAUAUACAUAUUUCCUCUGAUUUUAUUGUCGGGUUUUGCGGUGAAACCGAGGAACAAUUUCAAGAUACGUUAUCAUUGAUGCAAUUAGUUAAAUUUAAUAAAGCAUAUAUAUUUGCAUACAGCAUGCGGGAGAAAACUACUGCUCAUCGUCGCUAUAAAGAUGACGUAGAACAUGCUGUAAAAAUAGAUCGCCUUGAAAGAGUGAAUGUAGUAUAUAGAACUAUAGCAGAAGAAUUAAAUAAGUCACAGAUUGGUCAGUUACAACUUGUGCUAAUAGAAGGAAUUAGCAAACGAUCAGAUGAGUUUUUUCAAGGAAGAAGUGAGGGGAACAUACGAGUAGUGAUUCCAGUUAUGGACUUACCUACUGAAAAAGGUUCUAAUGUUAAACGGCCGGUGAAGAGUGGUGAUUACGUUGUUGUAAAAGUUGAAAGUGCUAAUUCCAAUUCUCUAAAAGGAACACCUUUGUAUCACUCAUCGAUAACGGAAUAUUCAUCGUUACAUGCAUUGUAAAUAAGAUACAACAUUAGUUUUUCAUCUUUUCAAUUAUUUAAUCGCAUUUAUCACUGCAGAAUACAUUCAGUUUUGAAACGGAAGAAACAAAGAUCUACUUAAUCAGGCGAAACUAAAUUUACAUAUUCGUUACUAAUGUGAUAAUAUUGUGAACAAAAUAAUCAUGUACAUAGUAUUAUACAUGUAUAUAAUAAAUAGAUAAAACUUAUUCUAA